CUGGUGAGUUCUUCUUGCGAUCUCUUUCAUUUCAGUCAUGUUUGUUUAUCUCUGCAGAACCCUAAUCAAUUUGAGAACUUUCUAUGGAGAUUUGGCCUCUCAAUCCUGCGUUCUUCAGCAGCCAUGGCCAUUUCUAACAAGAUCAAUCUCAAGUCGCACCUCGCAUCAGCAUUCUUUUGCAGCUUCUUACCUCAUAAACACUUUUAGGUUCUCGCAGGAAGCUGCUGUAAAGGCUACCAAGUAUGUCAAUUUCGACUCCUCAGAGGGGCCGGACUCGGCCAUCGCCUUUUUCGAGAGCAAAGGAUUCUCUAGAAACCAAAUCUCCAGUCUCAUCAGAAAAGUUCCGCGGAUUCUGCACGUUGAUGAAGGACUGGAAACAAAUACGAACUCAUCCUCCCUUGCUUUCCCUGCUAUUGUGAGUGCUUUGUAAAUCUGAUAAUUGGCUCUUAGGGUCCUUGACAGACGACACUGAUCUUUCAAUCCCAUCAGCUUCGUAAAAAAUUUUAUUCUAUUGUAGCAGCUUAAUUUACAGGUGAGCAGAUCAGACUCGCAGAUAGAGAGAUCUUUUGUACUGCCCUAUUUAUAAGUCAACAUAAAGCCUAAUCCCACUGGCAUAAGUAAAAGUAUGAAUCGCCCGCCAUUACGCGGGUUUUCCAGUUUGCUUGAUGUGUGGUCAGAACAUUCUAACUCAGCAUAUCCUGGGAAAUUAAGGGGGAGGAAUUGGAAUCCUCUUCCAAUACCACACAGAACAUUUCCUGUACCCAAGGGGCAAGAUCUUGAUUUCAUCAAUGUUGCUCACAGUCACCUUGUACACUCUGAUUGGGCUAAGCUUGAUACACUAGUUUCUGGUCUAACAGCAUUCAGAAUCAAGCACAUUUUGCUGAAGAUUCAAAAGGAUUAUGUGCUUUCACUCGAAUUCUUCAAGUGGGCCGAGCUCCAAAAUCCUGAUUCCCACACUCUGGAUACUCGAUCCAUAAUUCUUCAUAUUCUCACCAAGAACUGCAAAUUCAAAUCUGCAGAAUGCAUUUUGAAAAAUAUUCUUGUCUCGUAUUCGCUGGAAUUGCCUUAUAAGCUGUUUGAAGCAAUUCUCAACUCGUACAGAAUAUGCGAUUCCUCUCCCCGUGUUUUUGACUUGCUCUUUAAGUACUAUGCGCAUAUGAAGAAGCUAAGAAAUGCUACUGACACUUUCUGUAAGAUGAAGGAUUAUGGGUUUCUCCCAACUGUUGAAUCUUGCAAUGCUUUUAUGAGCUCAUUGCUUGAUUUACAGAGGACAGAUAUUGCCUUGGCAUUCUACAGAGAGAUACGACGCUCUUUGAUUUCACCAAAUGUGUAUACCAUCAAUAUGGUUAUGUCUGCUCUUUGUAAAUCUGGGAAAUUGGAAAAGGCUGAUGAGGUGUUUCGAGAGAUGGAGACUCUGGGUAUAAGUCCUACAGUUGCAUCUUAUAAUACACUGAUUGCUGGACAUUGUAAACAAGGCCUUCUGAACUCAGCUAUGAAGCUUAAAAACUUAAUGGGAAUGAAAGGGAUGCAUCCGAAUGUUGUUACUUAUAAUACUCUUAUCCAUGGGUUAUGCAAGGAGGGGAAACUAAAUGAAGCAAACAAGGUGUUUAGUGAGAUGAAGACCAUGGGUGUAGCUCCCAAUACUGUAACUUAUAAUACUUUGAUAAAUGGGUACAGCGAAGUGGGUAAUAGUGAGAUGGGAAAUAGGCUUUAUGAGGAGAUGUCAAAGGCUGGAAUUGAAACUAACAUUUUGACUUAUAAUGCGUUGAUUUUGGGACUCUGCAGGGAGGGUAAGACAAGAAUGGCUGCAAAUUUGGUGAAAGAACUUGCUAAGGAGAACUUGGUACCCAAUUCGGCAACCUUCUCUGCUCUUAUUUGUGGGCAGUGUGUAAGAAUGAACUCUGAACGUGCCUUCCAAUUAUAUAAAAGCAUGAUAAGGAGUGGCUGUUACCCAACUGGUCAUACUUUCAAGAUGCUGAUUUCUACCUUCUGCAAGAAUGAGGAUUUUGACGGUGGAGUUGAAGUUUUGCAGGAAAUGUUGAAUAGAUCUUUGGUUCCUGAUUCAGCUAUCUUACACGAGCUUUGCAGUGGCCUCUGCAGGCAUGGAAAAAAUGAAUUGGCUAUGACAUUGUGCAAAGAGUUGGAUGCUAGACACCUUACUCCAGAAGGUUUUGACAAAGCCAACAUUUUGUAAGUAACUUUAAAGCACUGUUACUGUUUGGAUUAGCUUCUUAAAUUAUUUCCUGGUUUCAGAGCACAAAAAAGAGCAGCAAUUGUUGCUUAUUAAAAGUGUGGGAAUUUCUUGGAGGCUGAUAAUUGAUUGAAUCCUUGCUGGGUGUCUUGGACAA